GUUGAUUUUCUCUCUCCCUUCCGCUAGCGCCAUUCUGUGCGGACGAUCGAGUGAAAAGAGAAAAAGCUCGCCCUUUCAUUACAGUUUCAGUGAGCAAAGUUUACCACUAUGGCUACGUCGUCAGGCAAAAAGGGGAAGAAAGCUUCCAAGAAAAACAAGGUCUCGCUCGGAGAGUUUUUGACCGAUGGCAAUGCGACUCCGGUUGCGCAGGUGCAGGUGGCUGUGCCGAUCAAGCUGCGCGAUUGGGCCGACGAAUGCGACGAUGACGAGGAUGAUCGUUCGACUCGUACUCAGAUGAUCGCCCUGCCGACGGCUCCGCGUGCUACGAGGCUUAUGUACGAUGAUACGGUUCCUCACAAUCCGCCCUAUUUGGCGUACCUUUCUAACCUGCCGUAUGACUUGAAUGACGAUGAUCUGUACGAGUUUUUCGAUGGGAUGGAAAUAACGUCGCUUCGGUUGCCCCGCGAUGAUAAUGAUUCUGGUCGUUUGAGAGGAUUCGGUUACAUCGAGUUUGGUAAACGUCAAGAUCUGAUAGAUGCUUUAUCGAUUCCGGAACCGGUGAUUCACACCCGAAGGAUCCGAAUCGAUCCACCGAGCGAGAAUGACUCGAAGCGACAGCAGCGUAACAAUCGCAACUAUGACAACUAUGGUGGGGAUUCGGAUCGGCCUAUGAUGGGCAAUUGGCGUGAUGGUCCCAGAUCGAAUGCAGAUCGGGAUCAGGGUCAGCGCAGACCUUAUAAUAAUUACAAUAGAGAUCGAGAUAACGACAGGGAACGUUACCCAGACAGUGGCGCUGGGGGUAACUGGAGAUCAGGGGAUCGUCCAGUACAAUCAGCAUCUGAUUCUCCGCCAUCUAAUCGCCGGGGUUAUGACCGAGGAGAUCGUGGCGAUCGUGGAUUCCGUCGUGGGGGUGACCGAUCGGGUGAUCGUGGUGGACGACGGGAAAUGGAGCCUCCUAUGGAGAGACCAAAACUGGUGAUGAAGCCACGUACGUUACCACUUCCGGAGAAACCACGACCGGAACCGGAACCUGAAGAAUCUGAGCGAGAUGGCAGUCGUGAGCGGAAAUUUAAUUCCGGUAGCGAAGCUUCUGAAGACAAAGAGAAUCAAAAGAUUGAACCCCGCCCAAAACCUACUCCGGUUCCGGCAGCCAAAGUUUUUGGUGACGCCAAACCCGUGGACACUGCCGCCCGGAUGAAAGAAAUCGAAGAUCGAAUGCUCGAAAAGCAACGCCUGGAAAGAGAGGAACGGCAACGAAAGGCUGCUGCGGCUGCCGCCGCCGUUGCCUCCUCCGGCGAUGAGGACGGAAAAGAGAAGACCGAUCCUAGUAAGGAUGAAACUGAUGAACAUUCCGAGGAAAAGACGGAAAAGAAACCGGAAGAGGUCACGAACUGGAGAGUGCGGAGUGAUAACGACAAGGACGUUGAUCGUCGUGGUCAGUCACCACCGCGGAGGUACAGUCCGACUAGGAAGUUCAACCGGAGGCCUGAUGACUAUAACUAUUCAGAUAAUAGAGACAACCGGGAUAGAGGUAUGAACUGGGACAAUCGGAACAGGCGUGACUAUAACCGACCGAAUGAUCGUGGAUACCGGCCAAACGAUCGGGACAAUGAUAUGCAUCGUGGCGGCGGAGGUCGCGACAAUAGAGACGACCGGGACAGGCGGGAGUACGUACGCCCCGUUGAGCGGGAGCAUGAUCCAAAGCCUAUCGAGGAACGAAUGCCGAAAUUUCACGAACCAGAAGGACCGAACCUGUCGGUCAAAAACACAUUUGAGGGACUAUCUGCGGAUGAAAUUGACGAUUAAAAUUGCAAAGAACUUCGACACACACACGGAAAUUCAAAGUAAGUGAAAGUAUACAGUUCUUAUUUUGAGAGCAAAACUGGAAAACAAAUUGAAAGCUGCGACGAGAACAAGCUAAAAAGUAAUAUAUAUCACACAAGAGCAAAAGGAUAAGACACAUUGAAUGCAGACGACUGGUAGAUUUUGAGAACGUGAUUAUUCCUAGGAUUAUUAUAUAUAUAAUGCAAUUCGUUAGAUGUCCGAAUGGGCGGUGGAAGUGCGACGUUUGUAAAUGGACGUGGUAGGCAUUUUCAUCGCCCAGAAGAAGAAAAAAAAACCAGGGCCGCUGAACGAGCAUAGAAUGUGGAGAUUUUGAUGGGUGCAAAUAUUUUGUUCACGUCAACCGGAGGAGGUUAUCUUUCCUGGGAGCUAGAAAUCUGUUUACUAUUCUAAUCGAUGUAAUGUGUACUAAACGAUUACCUUCAGAUGGGAAGGAUGAUGUGUAUUUGCCGAAUGUGUAUGUGGUGAAUGUAAACAUUUUUUAUUUAACAGAAAAUCACAAUCAGAGUUUUGUUUCUUUACGCGUUAUCUGUGUGUGUGAUCAGAAGUUGUGGUAAGUCGAGAACAGAAUUUCGAUGGCAUUCACAUUUUGAUAAGACAUUUUACAUACCUACGGCUGAAGUAGAAGCGAACACAGCCACUGAGCAAGAAUACUCGUCGAAUGAGAAGCAAACUAUGAUAUACUAAUAAUCCGUUCUGAGGGUGUACGUUCGCGCCUAUUCCGUCUGUCCGGUUGGUUUUCGACGUUCGUUGAUUUCUUUCAAUGUGUGAGUUAUAAGCUAUAUUAAUAGAGUACGACAAAAAAAAAUGCGUGUGCGAGAGUGUCGGUUUGAACAAUUGUGAAAUCCAAAUGAUUCCAAAAUAUGCUGAUUAUGUUUUUCUUUGGUAUAGUUUCUCUUGUUUGUUUGAACUUGUUUUGUUUCUAUAAGGAUGUAUCAAUAUUUGUUUAUUUUUCUGCCUGGAUUACGCGGUAUACUGUUGCAAACCAUCAAUUAGUGGAAGGAGAUAAGAAAUAUGCUUAGUUAUUACGAUAAUAGAAACGCUAUUAGGUAGCUUGAUUCGUCUACCAGAUCUUGCAAAUAUACAUCAGAACCACGUUUCUUUAUAUAUACUUUUUCAUAGAUAAUCAAGAAGCAAAUAGUUAAUUUACUGUUUAAGGAUGCAAAUAUGGGACAGAUAGACGAAACUGUUGUAAUAUCUCCUACGAUGCUAAUCUUCAUUUAUAUAGGAAAAUCCAGGAUGGCGCAGAGUGGAAUUAUUUAAUUACUACUACACACGUAUAUAGGAUUUAAACAAUGAAACUGCAAGACAAAAUACAACAAACUGAAAGCUAACUCUAA